AUGUUAGCCGGUCCCCCAGAAAGUCUGUGGUCCUACGAAUUCUCCAAAAGCGACAAAAUCAAGAGACGCCUAGCAGCAUCCUCCUCGGACGACAGCAAUCGGAGUCCAGGAAGCAGCAUCAAGCCGAGUAGACCCUCUUUGCUUCCCAGCCGUCCCGCGUUUCCUACAAGGUCAACGCAUGAGCAGAUGAGUAGGAACAAGAUCAGAGUGCAGGCUAUUGAAGCACGUAGUGAUAAGCAGUCUCUACUGACAAAAGUGGCUACUCCCAGCAUCCCGUGCAAGAUUAGGUCAACUGAAGAUCUGCACCGCCCACGAACAACCGAUACGCAAGUUGCUACUCGUACGCCGGAUACUUCAGCAAGCGAGGUUCCUCCUAGUGGCCGUCCCACACCACCGCCCUCAGACAGUUCACGCGGUGCUUGCAGUACUCCGAACAGGAGUCGUACACCACGACCAGGUUGGACACGAACCAGAUCAGGUGGAGUGUGGUAUCAAGCACAAAAGCCUAUAGUGCAGGAUGACGAUUCCGGCGUGUUUGGAAAAUCCAGACUAUCGAGGCACAGCGAGCCAGCGAUUCUUAACAUUGUCCCAUUACCACCACCGACUAGACCAGAGAAACCGGAAACGACAUCAAUCCACGAUAUCGUCGUUGAGACACCGUUCGGUGUUCGAAAGGAGCCACAGACCACUCCUGAGCAAGAUUCGACGAAUGCACCUACCUCGAGACGAGGCUCUUCCAUUGAUGUCAAGCGUCUCUUCUCUGCUCCCUUCGCGGCAUUUCGUAAACGCGAGAAGAAGCAGAAACAGGAACCAAGCACAGUUUCUUCUACUCCGUCCGCCACGUCAUGGAGCCCGCAAGGUCCAACUGAAGCUCAAGGACAUAGAUCUCUACUCAAACGACAGCAGACUGCAACCACGCUUGCUAAAGCCUCUGCAGUGCUUGCUAUCAGCAAGUCUCUUCCGAAGAGCAAGCUAAAGACAAGGAGGCGAAAGUCACCUGCAAAUUCAAGUCCACCUGACCAGGAUGAAUUGUUGCACGCAGGUGACAGGUCGAUUGCAGCCACCUUCUAUACUCAUCAGAAGAGGUACUCUGUAGGGGACCACCUUGGCUCCCUUGCAUCCAGCUUGAACACCGCACAGAUAGAUGAAACACCACAGAACAGUCCAGCAGAGGCGGCGACUUACAGGAUCAAACGUAGUCCCAGUGCGGAAACUGAGGAAUUUUUCAAGAUUGACAUCAGCAUCCGCGGUGGGACAAGCUAUCUCCCAAGCGAAGCACGCCGCAUUUAUACUCCUCCACUACCAGGCGAAGGCACGACAGGCCACAGCAGCCGGGGUUUCUUCUUCAAUUAUGAGGCUCCUGACUAUGAUUGUUCUGUCAUACCUGGCAGCAGUCAUCACCACUCACAAUCAGCCUCACAAAAAGACCGUACAUCGGUCAUACACGCCUCUCUUCGGCUGCCCUCAGAAGAUCAAUUUCUCCACCACGUCAAGGCAAAGCUCAGCCACUCGAGCGGCACACCUCCUGACCCUCACCCUCACCCCCCUUCAAGCACGAGGGUGGCAUUGAAGGCUCCCAAACAAAAGACGUCACCCAGAAAGACAGGUGAAUGGUACGACUCGCGUCUUGCAGAUGUGGACACCACUCCGUCUCUGCUCGAUGUCACUACGCCCCACAAUUGGGAAGCAGCAGAACAGAAAGUGACCAAGAAACGAGACUGCCAACGGAACAUUGCUGAAAUCAGAAAACAAGAAUAUGAAGCCCAGCUCGACUUUAACAUUCCAGAGCACCUGCCGACGAGCCCGUUAUGUCCCAGAAACCCGAAGUACUGGCGGGUCGUCAAGUGUACAGGCAGUCAGUUUCGUGGCUGUUGGAUGCAUGGGUUUGGAGAGUACGAGGCUGGAAAGAUACCAGGGUUAUUCAAAGGAGGUGCUGUGAGAGGAUUCUAA